UUGUGCGUGUAAAACACUCGAGCUACAUGUGACUACGACUCAUCAAAACUCGCGCCUCUCACAUGAGUCUCGGGAUUUGAUUACUUCCACUCUUCUCCAACGCACGUAAACGCCGAUAAAGUAAACCAAAACUAAUCAUCUCUGAGCCAUUAAUGGAGAUAUAGAACAAUAACCUCAACACUACAUCUUUCCGAUCUCCACACAGACCAACCGUCAGUGAAAAUGGCGUACUGUAGUGCCACUGCUUCAACUCGCGGUGGAACACCACCGACAUUAUCCAAUCAUUCUUCAAUUUCACGCUUGAUCGAUCUCGAUAUCACCAGCAACGCGUCGAAUCAGCUGUUCUUCACCGCACCUGCUAAAACCGGUUACAGGAAGCGGCGGUUUUAUGUACGGCGUGAGGCGAAACCUAAGCUCAAGGAUCCGGUAACCGUUGAACAAGGCAGUAUUGAUAAGUCAAAGUCUGACGCUGAAGCUGUGGCAUCAAGAAUUACUUACCAUGCAGAAUUUACAUCAUCCUUUUCUCCAGAGGGGUUUGAUCUUCCAAAGGCAUACUUUGCCACUGCACAAAGCAUUCGUGAUUCACUCAUUAUCAAUUGGAAUGCAACUUAUAAUAUGUACGAAAAGAUGAAUGUAAAGCAGGCUUACUAUUUAUCUAUGGAGUUUUUACAGGGAAGAGCACUAUUGAAUGCAAUUGGUAACUUAGAGCUAAGUGGUGCUUACGGAGAAGCUUUGAGCAAGCUUGGCCACAAACUUGAGAAUGUAGUUUCACAGGAGCCAGAUGCUGCUCUAGGAAAUGGGGGGCUAGGCAGGCUUGCAUCCUGUUUUCUGGACUCUUUAGCAACGUUAAAUUAUCCAGCUUGGGGUUACGGGCUUAGAUACAAGUACGGAUUAUUCAAACAAUUAAUAACAAAAGAAGGUCAGGAGGAGGUUGCUGAAAACUGGCUCGAGAUGGGAAAUCCAUGGGAGAUUAUGAGAAAUGACAUCUCGUAUCCUGUAAAAUUCUAUGGGAAAGUUGUCACGGGCUCUGAUGGAAAGAAACGGUGGAUUGGGGGUGAAGAUAUAGUGGCGAUUGCACAUGAUGUCCCAAUACCAGGAUAUAAAACAAAAACUACGAUUAAUCUUCGUUUAUGGUCGACUAAAGUUCCAUCAGCUGAUUUUGAUUUGUCUGCUUUUAAUUCCGGAGAACACACUAAAGCACGUGAAAGCCAAGCAAAUGCGGAAAAGAUAUGCUAUAUACUGUAUCCGGGGGAUGAUUCAUUGGAAGGGAAGACCCUGAGGCUAAAACAACAAUACACAUUAUGCUCUGCUUCUCUCCAAGAUAUCAUCAAAUGUUUUGAAAGGAGAUCUGGGGAGAAUGUGCGGUGGAAAGAGUUUCCGGAAAAGGUUGCAGUGCAGAUGAAUGAUACCCAUCCUACACUCUGCAUCCCGGAACUGAUGAGGAUAUUGAUUGAUUUAAAGGGAGUUAGUUGGAACGAAGCCUGGGAUAUUACCCAAAGAACGGUGGCUUACACCAACCAUACCGUCUUACCGGAAGCCUUAGAGAAAUGGAGUUUAGAACUCAUGCAAAAACUUCUCCCGCGGCACGUGGAGAUCAUAGAAAUGAUUGAUGAGGAGUUGAUCAAUGGCAUAGUAGCAGAGUUUGGUAAAUCAGAUCCUGAAUUGUUGGAAAAAAAGUUAAACGCUAUGAGAAUUCUAGAAAACGUUGAGCUCCCAUCCUCCAUAGCUGAUCUGUUUAUUAAACCAAAAGAAACGUCUGUCGUCGAUACAAGUGAAAUGUCAAAGGCUUCUGAUAACGGCUCCGUUGCUGAUGAAGAAGAUGAACUUGUUGAAAAUAUGGAGAAAGAGGUGGAUCUGCCACCUAUUCCCGUAACGCCAAAAUUGGUCCGUAUGGCUAAUUUAUGUGUCGUUGGUGGCCAUGUUGUCAAUGGAGUUGCUGCGAUUCACAGUGAGAUUGUAAAGCAGGAUGUUUUCAACGACUUCUAUAAGCUCUGGCCCGACAAAUUUCAAAACAAGACAAAUGGGGUGACACCAAGAAGAUGGAUUUAUUACUGCAAUCCCGACCUCAGUAGAAUCAUAACCAAGUGGACAGGUGGAGACGAUUGGGUACUAAACACUGAAAAAUUGGCAGAAUUGCGUAAGUUUGCAGAUAAUGAGGAUCUCCAGAGUGAGUGGAGAGCUGCAAAAAGGAUCAACAAACUUAAGGUUGUGUCAUUGAUUAAAGAAAAAACUGGUUAUUCUGUCAGUCCCGAUGCGAUGUUUGACAUCCAGGUGAAACGCAUUCAUGAAUACAAGAGACAACUGUUAAAUAUCUUGGGAAUUGUUUACCGCUACAAGAAGAUGAAAGAAAUGAAUGCUGUAGAGAGGAAAGACAAGUUUACCCCUCGAGUUUGUAUAUUUGGUGGAAAAGCAUUUGCCACAUAUGCACAAGCGAAAAGAAUCGUGAAACUCAUCACAGAUGUUGGUGCGACAAUAAACAAUGAUUCUGAAAUUGGUGACUUACUGAAGGUCGUGUUUGUUCCUGAUUACAAUGUCAGUGUUGCUGAACUGUUGAUUCCCGCGAGUGAGCUCUCACAGCAUAUCAGUACUGCCGGAAUGGAAGCGAGUGGAACUAGCAACAUGAAAUUUUCCAUGAACGGUUGCAUCUUAAUUGGGACAUUAGAUGGGGCUAAUGUGGAAAUAAGGGAAGAAGUUGGAGAAGACAAUUUUUUUCUUUUUGGUGCUCAAGCCCAUGAGAUAACCGGGUUACGGAAGGAAAGAGCCGAGGGAAAGUUUGUGCCCGACGCUCGUUUUGAAGAAGUAAAGGAAUAUGUUAGAAGUGGUGUGUUUGGGCCUUAUGACUAUGAUGAAUUACUAGGAUCUUUAGAAGGUAAUGAAGGCUUUGGUCGUGGAGACUACUUCCUUGUUGGGAAAGACUUCCCGAGUUAUAUAGAAUGCCAAGAAAAGGUCGAUGAGGCGUAUAGAGACCAAAAGAGAUGGACCAGGAUGUCGAUCUUGAACUCAGCCGGGUCUUACAAGUUCAGCAGUGAUCGAACAAUUCAUGAGUAUGCUCGAGACAUAUGGAACAUUCAACCUCUUCAACUACCCUGAUUUAGUCCAUGCAAUAUGCAUAGACCAAAAUCUAUUUGCGGAUAUCAAUAAAAUCACACGCUGCACAAAAGGUUCACUUUUGGAUGAAAAUUUGUAACAUAAUUUAGCUUUCCUAUUUUGGAAGAUGAAUGUUCUGAAUAAACCAGCUUGAUAGCAAACAAUCUUUGAAUUUGAAAUGUCUAUUGUGCAUUCAAAUUAGAA